GGCGGGCCUGGGCCUCGGGCCUGGGGGUGGCGGGGGGUCGGGGACGCCGAGGGUCGGGACUCCUCCGCCAGCAGCGGCACCGAUUUCUUCACAAUUGUGUUAACUGAUUUUUGCGGCCAAACAUCUUUCUGCGGUUCUGUCAAUGUCGUGGCUUGAGCUUCCUCAGCUUCUGUGGAUUUGAUGUGAUCUCUCGUGGCAUCGGCCGAACUGGCAGGUCUUUUUGCUAUGAAAAACGUCGGCGAGGCUUCAUGAUGGGGGACGUUUUAGCCUACGAAGCAGAAUUACUUGGGCUGGUAAAAGAGUAUUUAGACUUUGCUGAAUUUGAAGACACGCUGAAAGCGUUUACAAAGGAAUGCAAAAUAAAAGGCAAACCAUUACCUGAAACAGCUGAUUCUCCUCAAGACUCCAAAAAACUAACUAUCCAGAGGAACAUGGUAACGGCAUUUGACAUCGGGGCCCAGAGAGACUUCUUCGAUCUGUGGGAGGAGCACAUCCCUUCUUCAUUCCGAGAUGAUGAACCGCAAGCCCAGAAACUGGAAUUCUACCUUCACAUCCACUUUGCCAUUUUCCCCCUGAAGCACUCCUUGGAAAAGCCCGACAAAGCAGAAUACGAUGAAAGGAUUUCGUACUUUAAAACCUUCCUGGAGACGAAGGGAGCGGCCCUAAGCCAGACCACUGAGUUUCUUCCUUUUUAUGCCUUGCCUUUUGUUCCCAAUCCUAUGGUGCACCCCUCCUUUAAAGAACUCUUCCAGGAUUCUUGGUCUCCAGAGUUAAAGAUGAGGCUUGAAAAUUUCUUGUCUUCGACUUUCAAAGCCAGUAAUACUCCAAGGCUUCUCACUCUAUAUAAAGAGAACGGACAAGGCAACAAAGAAAUGCUGCAGCAGCUCCAUCAGCAGCUGGUAGAAGCCGAUCAGAGGACUAUGACCCACCUGAAAGAGUUCAACAAAAUCCAGACGGAUUACCGGAAUCUCAUCGUGGUCACCGCUGAGCUGGUGGAUUCCCUAGAAGCCACGGUUACCGGCAAGGCGAUUACUCCAGAGUACCUGCAGAAUGUCUAUUUUCGUCUCUUCAGCAAUCACUGGAGGCAAAGCGUAGCCCACAGUAUUGACUUUACGAGGCCUGGCACGGGAUAUUACUCAAUGAGCCCUUGUGAGGACGGCAAUGCUUCCAGCAUGUUAAGGGCCUCUUUGGCACCCGUGAGUUUAAUGGAUGUACCGUUGCUGCCCUCCCUGGAUUACGAGAAACUGAAAAAGGAUCUGGUCUUUGGGAGCGACCGUUUGAAAGCCUUCUUGCUGCAGGCUCUUCGCUGGCGCUUGACCACAUCUCAUCCCGGAGAGCAGAGGGAGACUGUCCUGCGUGCUUAUAUCAGCAAUGAUCUGCUGGACUGCCACAGCAACAACCAGAGAAAUGUUCUGAAAUUAUUACACUCCAAGAGUGAGGUCGUCCGACAAUACACAGCCAGGCUUUUCAAUGCUUUUGCCUCAUUAGCAGAAGGUCGACUCUACCUCUCCCAGAACCCAAAGCUGCUCAGGAUGCUGGAGGAGAGACUGAAAGAUGAAGACCAAGAUGUGCUCACUCGGGAGAACGUGCUUGGGGCUUUGCAAAAGCUCAGCUUCAGGCGUGCGGUGCAGUCCGUUAUGAUCCAGGAUGGGCUCAUUUUCUGGUUGGUUGAUGUCCUGAAGGAUCCCGAUUGCUUAUCAGAUAUCACACUGGAGUACUCAGUCAUGCUGCUCUUCAACCUUUGUCUUCGGAGUGCAGGCAAAAACACAUGUGCUAAGGUGGCAAGCCUCAUGCUGAAGGUUCUUUCAGAUCUCCUUGGUCAUGAAAAUCAUGAGUUGCAAUUGCAUGUGAAUGGGAUCCUCUACAGCAUUCUUUCUAUUCCGUCCAUUCGGGAAGAAGCCAAAGCAAUGGGAAUGGAAGAAAUCCUCCGCUGCUUCAUCAAGGAAGGCAAUGCUUGGAUCAUCCACCAGAUCGAAUUUAUCAUCAAGCAGCUAAAUUCAGAAGAGCUACUGGAUAAUGUCCUUGAAUCUGAUGAUGAAGAGGAAGAAGAUGACAAUGAAGAGGACCGGGAUGUCAUAGAGGCCAGUCUGGACAAAGAUGAAGUGCUGCAUCCUCAACUUGGCGAGCUCUCAGGGGAACGGCUACUCACCACAGAGUACUUAGGAAUAAUGACCAACGUUGACACGGCAAAGAGGAGAGGCCUUUCCGGUGUUCAGCAGACCGUCAAGGAGCCCCUACCACGACCGGUCACUCCAGGCUAUCACAAGACUGAAUAUCCAAUACUGGAAAAUCAUCUUAUUUCUCCCUAUGCAGCAAACCAAGGUAGAAGUGGAAGAUUCCAGGCUGCGUGCCCUCCCACCGGCAGCGGGGGCAGGUCCAGCAUUUCUGACUUUUGCAUUUCCUCUGCAUCCAACCACACGGUGGAGUCCAAGCUGUUUGCGGCCACCCACCACUUAGAUCGACGAGUCCUCAUUGCCGAUGAGCCAGCCCGGCCCCCUGAGCUGCCCCAAAACAGAGCAAGUGAGCAGCGUACCAGUGAGAUCUCAGCUUUCAUCAGCAAACCCCGAAUCCCCCGCACUCCUGAGCCACGGAGCACGAGUCCCCGGAAGACAAAGACUCCCACCAUCGCCCCACAGUUCUCCCAGGCUGAACCUCAGCAAACAAACCGCCCCAGCUCCAUUGGGUCGUCCACAAGAAGCCGGCAGAGCAGCCAGUCCUACAGGAAGUGAGGACAGUUGAUCUUCCCCAGAAGCACCAACCCCAUCGCCUGAGGACUCAGCCAGCAUCCCCAAAAGACCCCCCUCUAGGGCCCUCCGGGAGCGGGAGAGCUAGUUUACUAGUACAGCCCCAAAGACAUCUCUUCGUGGGAUUCUCAAAAGACUAGUGGAGGAGACGGACUUCCAGAGGGAUGGUCAGGAAUCACCCCAACCGCACCCACUCUCCGGCGCACGAUCCAUCAUCUAUUAUUUAUUCUAAUUUGCUUCUCCACCUAACCUAAGGGCCAAGCACCAAAUAAACCUGAUUGAUGGUCAGUGAGAGAGCCCAGCCGUGGUUCACUCGAUACGGCCUUUAGAUUGUGAUACGAAAUGUUUACAAGGGAACAAACUGCUCACCGGACCAUCUUCUGACGCGUAGAAUCGAACUAGAGUUUCUUUGUUGAGCAGAGGAGGACGGCUCAGUGCAUCAAAUACACAAAAAAUGUUCAUCCAAGCAGGCUGACGAGAUUAGGCUGUGAGCCUCACUGUAAAUCAACCUCGGAGGAGAAGAAAGGGCUGGGUGGUGAGGCCUGCUCUCCUCAGGCAUCUGGAUGACAAACUCCUUCUAAGAAGGAGGCGAUUGAGGACUUAAUAUUUUUCUGUCUGUAUAAAGAGAACGGAGGCAAGAGAGGGGAAAUGGCUUCCAGAGCAAAGACACAUCUUGUGCUGACUCCCAACGGUCUCUGGUUGGAGCUGCCCUCAUUUCCAGAGCAAUUAACCCAGUUUGGGAGUUCAUUGGUCAGACUGGAGAGGGGAAGGGAAAAGAGGGGAAAGUUCCAUCUUUAAAUUUCUCCUUUGUCUUCUCCAUCCUCUGCCUUCCCCGAUGACCAAAGGAUGAGGAACAAUGGAAAUCUGGGAGUGAGAGAAUGCUUGCUUCGCUGUGCCCUAAGAAAUUCUGCAUCACCUCUCCCUUCCCACCCGAGAGCAACAGGGACUCCACCGCUUAGGAAGUCUGGGCAAGUGUAUGAUGGAGGCUUCUUUUCAAUGAGGGAGGUAGAUGAGGUGGCAGAUUCCUUCCUACAGUUGCAAAUUGGCUUCUGACCAAAGAUGUGGUGCAAGAGAAACUUGCCAUGUUACUCCUAUCCCCUUGCACGCUUUGUCUUUACCACUGAGGUACCUGCCUGAGCAAUAUUGACAGAAACUGGUUUUCCUUUCUUGAGCAAACAGAAGUGGGGCAGCCUGGGAAUUCAGAGGCCAGACAAAUAUCAUUUUCAGCUGUAAAGCCAAACAGCCAGCAUCUAGUUUUUUCCCCCUUUUAAAUCUGAUCAAGAUUAAGACAUUCAUCAGCCUCCUUUUGGAAAGUUUCAUUAAGCGAUCUGUUUGGGUUAAGAAAAGAGCAAGUACUAAAAGCUUCCCCAACGAAAAUCUAGUAGUAAGUGUUAACCAUCCAUUUUCUAACCUGCUACGGUCUCCUCCCGAAGGACAGGCUCUAUGGAGGCUGUACUCGGUAUCUAAGAGGUGGGCCAAGUGAGGAUUGCUUAGGAUGUAAGAACAUGAGCUGCUAACUCUGCGGAGCCAGGGGAGAGUAGGGGUUGCCCACCUUGUCCUUCUCAGUAAGAAGGAGGAUAUUUGGGAGCUGUAGUUCCCCCCUUCUCACCCUCCUGCCACCUAAUAUCUCUCUUGCCCCUACCCCUGAGCCAGGAAUGGGAGCUUCAGAUCCUGACCGGUCCUGGCCUCAGUGGGGAAAUGGCUUCCCAAAAAGCCCCAGCUGCUUUGUGCAGGGGUCCCCACAGCCCUGUUUGUGUCUGCGUUUCCCCCUCCCCACGUCUGUGCCAAUAUGUCAACUUCUGUGUUUAUCACUCUGGCCCUAAGUGUGUUUGUGUAUGUGUGUGUGUGGUGGAAGGAGCAUAAGCGUGCCUAUGUGUCUAACCUCCCUGGUGCCAUACAUGCUUAUACUCUCCUUUUUUCAUAGCCCUCAACUCAAUGUUCACCCCAACAUUCAGAAUGAAAAUCUGGCACCCCUUGGUAAGAACAACCUGGAAGUAGGAAAUGGUAAUCAAGGAGCUUCUUUUGGUAGAAUGGCCCCGGGCUGCCUCAAAAUAAGAAAUCAGGGAAAUAAAUCCAGUCCGUGGUCUCUGGGGGGAGGAAAGCAGGUUUGUAUUAUUUGUUUUUCUUUGAGAAGCUUUUAAAAUUACUCCUCCCUUUAGAAACGGUAUAAUGGAAGCAAAAUUAAAAUCUGAUCUUAUCUCUUGGAA